AGUAUUAAUUGUUGAAACCAUAUGAUUCCGCAUAUCCUUGGAAUCACAUACUCGUAUUAGCAGGCCGUCCACCUUAAUCACAUCAAAUUUCCUCUGCGAAAUUACCUCAUACUUUCCUUUCCUGAAUCCUAUCUCCCCAUAAUUCUUCUCUCUAACCCUCUCUCUCUCUCUCUCUCUCUCUCUCUCUCUAUAUAUAUAUAGCUCCACAGAUGUAAGUAUAAUUAGCUCGCCUUAAUAGCAUAUAGCAAAGCUUAAUUAGUACAUCGUAGUGAUGGCGUUAAAAGUCCUUUAUGCCCUCGACACGGCGAGGACCCAAUGGUACCACUUCAAGGCCAUCAUCAUCGCCGGCAUGGGCCUCUUCUCCGACGCCUACGACCUCUUCUGCAUCCCUCCCAUCCUCAGACUCCUCGGUCGCAUCUACUACCAAAAACCACACCUUCCCACCGACGAAUUCAACAACGACGACGACAACUUCGUCAUCCGCAGGCAUGUCGACUCCGCGCUCCUCGGCGUGGCUUUCCUCGGCACCGUCAUUGGCCAGCUGGUCUUCGGCAGGCUCGGGGACCGAAUCGGGAGGCGCCGCGUGUACGGCCUGUCCCUCAUGGUGAUGAUUCUCAGCGCACUAGGCUGCGGCUUCUCCAUAUGCACCUCGCGGAGCUGCGUUCUGGUGAGUCUCGGAUUCUUCAGGUUCCUGCUCGGGGUUGGGAUUGGCGGGGACUAUCCACUGUCGGCGACCAUCAUGUCGGAGUUUGCCAACAAGAGGACACGUGGCUCGUUCAUAGCGGCCGUGUUCUCGAUGCAAGGGUUUGGGAUUUUGGCGAGCUCGAUCGUGACGAUGGUGGUGUGCGGGAUCUUCAACGCAGCGUCCCAUCCCAACCCCAAGGAGAAGACUCCGAGUGAAGCUGACGUCGCAUGGAGGUUGAUACUGAUGCUGGGUGCAAUUCCUGCUGCCAUGACCUAUUAUUGGCGUAUGAUGAUGCCUGAAACUGCCAGAUAUACCGCAUUGGUGGAGCUAAAUGUCCAACAAGCGGCUAAGGACAUGGAGAAAGUGUUGGAUGUUUCACUGAGUCAAAUUGCAGAAGAUGAAUCAUUGACAUUGCCUCAAGAUCCACCGUCCUAUCCCCUUUUCUCCAAGCAAUUCUUACGCCUACACGGCCGCGAUCUCUUCGGUUGCUCAGCUUCGUGGUUUCUCGUGGACGUAGUCUUUUACAGCAGCAACCUCUUCCAAUCUAAAGUUUACGGAAAAUAUCUCGGGAAAAAGUACGAAUCCAACGUGUAUGAAGAUGCUAUACAUGUUGCGCUAUUUCAAGCCAUCGUUGCAAUAUGCUCAACAAUUCCAGGCUACUGGUUCACUGUGUAUUUCAUCGAUCGCAUCGGAAGGCGCAAGAUUCAAAUGAUGGGUUUUCUCAUUAUGGCCUUGGUUUAUUUCGCAAUUGGGAUACCUUACACAUCUCAUUGGCAACAUCACAUAAAUAAAGGUUUCAUGGUCCUCUAUGGCCUCACUUUCUUCUUUGCAAAUUUUGGACCAAACACUACUACUUUUAUAGUGCCGGCUGAACUUUUCCCGGCGAGAUUUAGGUCAACCUGUCAUGGGAUUUCCGGGGCGACUGGGAAGGUAGGGGCCAUUAUUGGCGCAGUUGGAUUUGGGUGGGCCUCACAUGGUCAAAAGGAGGAUCCUAAAGCAGUCAAGAUCUUACUGGUGAUCUUAGGUGGAGUUUGUCUUUUGGGAUUGGCGGUAACGUAUUUUUUCACACCAGAAACGAAAGGCAGAUCGCUAGAAGAGAAUGAGGAAUGAUGAGGAAACAUUUAUUAAAUGCUCAGAUGUUUGUUUCAUAACUAGUGAGGUCAAAUGCUGCUGCUAUUCAUAGUUCCUAGUUUAUAGUUUGCAUACGGUGAUGAAGUUAUUGCUGCAAUUACUUAGAAAUUCAACCAAUUUUUUCUUCUACUACGUGUGUUUAUGUAGAAGCCUCUGUACUGUAUCUCCCUUUAUCUCCUGUA